UCAAUAUGAUUUUUACAUUUGUUGUGGCUGGAUGGGAAGGGAUAGCACAUGAUUCAAGAAUAUUAUCUGAAGCUUUAACAGAUCGAGAUGCACCAUUUCCAUUUCCACCACCAGAUAAGUAUUACCUCUGUGAUGCCGCGUAUACACACACUCGAGGAUUUAUAGCUCCUUAUCGUAAUAGAAUGACUCCGUUUCCAUUGGUUACACAAAGAAACAUCGUCAUUACAUGUUUUGCGCUUCAUAAUUAUAUAAUAAAAGAGGGAUUAAGUGAUGAGUAUUUUUCUCAAUAUAAUCAAGUCGAUAUAUCACUUCAAAGCAACAAUGUACAAGAUGACGAUGAUGAGGAGGAGGAUGACGUGGAUGAGGUACAACCACACGGAAGUGCAAGAGACCGGGAAUAUAUGGUUCAUCUACGAGAUCAAAUUGCUGACCAGUUAAUGCGUGUAGAAUGA